AUGCAGCGCGUUCGGAAAGAGGCGCUCGCCACGGACCAUAAGUUCUCAUACGACCAACAAACCACCGUGACGAGCGAUCCAGCAGCGCCGUCAUGGUCACUGGAGGCUCACCUUCGUGGCGCGCGGCAGAUCAUGAUGGAGGCAAGCUCUCUGACAGCGUUUGAUGGUAUCAACGCGAGCAGAGAUAGCAUGAAGGCCGCACUACCUGCGAUAUUAGCCUCUGGGACUGUAUAUCGUCCCUGGGCAGCAGCCGCAGCAGCAGCAGCAGCAGCAGCAGCAGCAGCAGCAGCAGCAGCAGCAGCAGCAGCAGCAGCAGCAGCAGCAGCAGCAGCAGCAGCAGCAGCAGCAGCAGCAGCAGCAGCAGCAGCAGCAGCAGCAGCAGCAGCAGCAACCGGGCCGCCAGGCACAGGAGCAGGGGCAGAGGCACAUGCACCAGCUGCUUACCAGACCCUUGGGAGCUGCCCAUUUUGGCCAUCAUGGGCAUACACCGCAGAGGACACAUCCCUGCAGUCUGUCCAAGGAUGUCCUCGAAAGCAGAUUCAGCAGCAGCAGGAGUCACGGCUACAAUUUGAGGUUCAGCCGGUGCUUCAGCCACGAGGGCAGCUCAGGUUGGAGCAACUAUCGGCGCAGCUACAGCCGCUGCUGCAGGGUCAGGCGCAAGCCGUCACAAAAGAUAUCGCAAGCCAAACUGAACCGGAGACGACACGAAAGCGCACCACCCGCAGCCGGAACUACACCCAACCUGGGAAGUAUCGUGGGGUGAGGAAGCGAGGCGAGGGACGGUACAUCGCCGAAAUAAAGGACACGACCUUCGGCGUGCGCAAGUGGCUGGGGACGUUUGCCACUGCCGAGGAAGCUGCCCUGGCGUUUGAUCGAGCUGCGGUGCAGAUUCGAGGCAGGAAGACGAAGCUCAACUUUCCUGAGCUCAUGCUGGGCGGCGAAGGAGACGCCGGGCUGGAGCUUGCAGCACAAGCGUCUAAGGGAAAUGGCCCGGGGAAGGCCUCUGCAGAGAAGGUUAUGGAAGCGACUUGUAGCCAGGAGGCAGCAGGUUGCAAAGCUGUAUUGGCAUCACAGGCUAUAUCCGACACGGACGUGGUUGGGUUGACGACAUGCGCAGAUAGCAGCACUGUCAGUGGAAGCAGCUCGAGCAGAGCUGGCCCUUCCACCUCGUCUGCCUCCGCGCCUGCAUCCAUCCUCUCCAUCCCUCAGGCCAUGUUUCUACCCGGAGAGCCGAGCUCUGCAGGAUUUGAGCAUGCUAACCGGCUCACCACACCCACUUCAGUCAAAUCUACAAUUUCCGACUCCACGGAUGCAGUCACCACAGAAGCAGGGGGGAUUUUUGUGGCAGCAGCAUCAUGGGCAGGAGCAGCAGCAACAGAAGCAGCAGCAGCAGCAGCAGCAGCAGCAGCAGCAGCAGCAGCAGCAGCAGCAGCAGCAGCAGCAGCAGCAGCAGCAGCAGCAGCAGCAGCAGCAGCAGCAGCAGCAGCAGCAGCAGCAGCAGCAGCAGCAGCAGCAGCAGCAGCAGCAGCAGCAGCAGCAGCAGCAGCAGCAGCAGCAGCAGCAGCAGCAGCAGCAGCAGCAGCAGCAGCAGCAGCAGCAGCAGCAGCAGCAGCAGCAGCAGCAGCAGCAGCAGCAGCAGCAGCAGCAGCAGCAGCAGCAGCAGCAGCAGCAGCAGCAGCAGCAGCAGCAGCAGCAGCAGCAGCAGCAGCAGCAGCAGCAGCAGCAGCAACAACACCAACCAGAAAUGGUGCCCCAGAAGCAGUCUAUGCAGGAUGA